AUGAAGCUCGCAACUCUUGGCCUUCUAGCCUGCGCGUUGUUCGUCAACGCACAGUAUAUUUCAGAGGGUUGGAAACCGGGUCAAAAAGUCCACACCAUCACCGAUGCUGCCUCGGCCGACCCUACAUAUACCCCCAAACCUGUAGUGGAAACACAACCCAAACAAUCCAAGCCUUUGCGCUUGUCGCAGCUAUUCGAUAUCAACAGGCUUCUCACUUCCGAUCCUGCUGUGGCCGUGUUCUCCAAGUUUGGUAUCAACAUCACCGAAAAAAUCCAACUUGCAUUUACAAACAAGUUGUGGGACGAACGUAUACCCCUCAUCACGGAUCACAAUUACAAGGAUAUCAUUGUAAAUGAGCAACUCACGGAACAAGAAGAAAAAGAUAGGGUCUGGAUGAUCGUCAUCUCUUCCACCUCUUCAAAACAAGAAGGCGUCUCCAAAUUUCUUGAUGAAGUCUUCGACAACGCGUACAACGAGACGCAGGUUGCGGAAGACUUACCAAACGUUCGAUGGGGUCGCAUAGACUAUCUCAACGUUACUCAUAUCACCACCAAGUGGAACGUCUGGCAGGCACCAUACCUCGUCAUAUUAAAGGACAGAGGCCAAACUUUGCGUUUCUACCGACCACAGCACUUGAGGCUUCGGUCCGACUCCCUUCGCGAAUUUCUCGCACAAGAAGGGUGGACAGCAACCGCCCCAUGGAACUCAAUCUGGGGUCCAGGAGGCGAGCGUGAGUGGCUCAUGGAUCACUUCGCGACAGUGCUUACGAAGAUCUACAACUGGACGGUAGUCGUCCCGCGCUGGAUCCUCCUCCUCCUCUCGGGCACGGUUGGAUCUAUCUUGAUCAAUCUGAUGCAUAAGCCAGGAAAGCAAACUGCUCAGGCUAUUGAGGCACAGAAGAGGUCUCAGGCUCAGGAGAAACAAUCGGUUGAGAAGGAGUCGGGACCUGUGUCGGCGCCUGCGACGGACAGUGAGGACGGGACUUCAGCUCACGCACUAAAGCGGACGACUGCGAAGCAGCGAAUGAGGCCUGAGGCCUGA